AAUCAGAAUUGAUAUGCGCAAAAUGAACGAAAGCUUGUCGGACAAUGAAUAUAAAUAUGAUCUCUCGUUGUGUGCAUAGUAUAUGUACAUUUAGUGCAUGAAUCCUAUCCACAUUCGUUGGAAUAUGUCAGGGUUAGCUUUUCAAGAUAUGUAGGACAAAAUAAGUGUAAAUAGGAAAAUUGUAAUGAUUACUAGAAAAAUAACCACAUGAUAUACAAGAAGCAACUUUUGUUUCUUAAUUUUUCAUCCGUUCUUUAAGAAUUGUGCUUAUGUUUGUAAAUGCUCAAUCGAUGGUGAUUCCAUAGCAAAUGAAUAUUUGCAUGCUGCAGUUAUGUGCUUCCAUUGUGAAAACAUAAUUGUUUUAUGGUGAUAAUAUGUCAAAAUCAAGCAUAAGGAAGAUAACGGUUGACCCUACGAAAUGUAAUACAGACUCUCGUCGACCAAGUGUAUUUGAAAGGUUGGGGACCAAACCUGCAGUUACUGCCGGCCAGAAUACAUCGGAUUAUUGCAGAAAUUGGGCAUUGAAUGGCAGUUGUUCGUAUGGAAAGAAUUGCAAAUAUGCAAAUACUCACACAUUAAUAAGUCCAUCCAAGCGUGCCAAAAAGGAUAAUGCUAUUGCAAGUACAACAGGACUUAUUGAGGAUCCGUUUAAAAGGCUUACUUCUAAGAUCGUAAAAAAAGCAUCACAUAGUCCUGAUUUAAAUUUGGAAGAGUGGAAUCAAACAGAUUUGGAGUACGAAGACGAGAAAGUAUUGGAAAGGCGUAGACAGCUGUUACAACGAGAAUUAGAGUUACAAAUGAAGAAGGAUAAAGAAGUUCAUGGGAAGGACAAAGUGAAACAGAAGAAAAAGGCAAUGACUUCUUCCUCUAGUUCUCAUACUUCAAGUACAUCUAGCAGUAGUAGUAGUUCUAGUAGCGAAGAUUCUUCUUCCAGUUCAACAUCUGAUUCACGAAAAAAGGUUAAAAAGAUUAAAUCUAAACGACAUCACAGUGGUUCUACAGAUUAUGAUGAAGAUAAAGAAAGAAGGAGGAAAUUAAAAUUGAAAAGGCUUGGAACAAAAAAUGAGAAGCCAUCAGUCAAGAAGAAACGUAAGCUUGACAGCAAUUCUGCAAAAAAAGAAAUUACUGCUAGGUCAGUAAAAAAGUACAGUUCUUCUUCAGCAUCAAGAAAACAUUCUUCCACUCCUCGUACAAGAUCACCAGCAGUACAAGUGUCUACAGCUGUAACACCUACAACAGCUGUAUUAGGUUCUUCCGUAUCUUUACCUCACCAUGGAACAUCUACUAAAGUUAAAGAAAGAAAUAGAAGUGAAUCUCCAAAAACAACGAAAAACAGAGAUAUGGAUAAAGAGGAAAGACACUAUAAGAAAAUACGGGACGUAGACGAAUUAUCUAAAGACAGUACUAAAAAUAAACCUUUUGAUAAAGUCAAAGAACAGGACAAGGACAAAACUCGUACGAUAGACGAGAAAAUAAAAAUUGACGAAAGAUUGAAACUAAAAGGUAAAGAUAAAGAAAUACGUUCGAGAACACCGCCAACAUCAGAAAGAUCAAAGCAUCAACACUCGAAAGAUACAAUUUCGACGAAAGCUCGUCGUAGCCGUACACCUGAAAAAUCAUCUCGAUCUAAACGAGAGCUUACUCCGUCAAAAGUUCCAGAUAGACCAGUUUCUACGAACAGAUCGCGAGAUACCGAAAAGAAAGAUCGUGAAUAUCACAAGAGCGAUAAAACUAAAGACAGAGAAGACAUAAGAAAACCUGAACAGAAUAAUAAGACCAGACAGAUAUCAAAUCAAGAAGAAGGUCAUAGAAGAAUUGGCAAAGAGUUUGACGAUAAAGCUUACUUAGCUGACAAAACACGCCAGAAGAGUAGAGAACGACGGGAUAAAGAUCAUACCAGAGACGAGCGUGGCCAUUCAAGACUUGGACGAGACCAACGCGAUACUCGUGAUAAAGACAAAGAAGAAUUGCAAGAACGUUAUCGCGAACGACCACGGGAAAGGGAUCGUGAUCGAGACAGAGACCGGGAACGCGAUCGCGAUCGAGAGAGGGACAGAGAUCGCGAUCGUGAUCGUGAUAGAGAUCGUGAUCGGGAUCGAGAUCGUGAUCGCGAUCGUGACCGAGAUCGUGAUCGUGAUCGUGACCGUGACCGUGACCGCGAUCGUGAAAGGGAAAAGGAUGCAAUAAAAGCUAGGGACAGAGAUGUUCCGCCCUUAGUACCAACGUCAAUAGGUCUUACGCCAGAUAAGAAUUCGCGUUAUAGCCGGGAUAAAGAACGAAUAAUAGUCAAGGAUAAUGCCUUUGAGAAGAAUGGUAUCCGAGAACGUAGGGCUGAUAGAGAAAGAGAGCGAUCUGAAACAAAAACACUUACAGAUCGUGACAGAACAUCUCAACGAAUUGAUAAUAGAUAUGAUAGAAAUACUGUAGACAAAGAUGCGUCCACUCGUAAAACUGGAAUGAAUUCACCCAGAGAUCGUUUUCCUCGAGAAAGAUCUCUUGAUAGAGUUUCUUUGCUUGAUAAAGGUGUGCAUAAUGUCCCACCAUUAACACAAGCAUCAUCUAUACCUGCCGUUCAGUCAUCUGUAGCAUCUUCGUCAUCUUCAUCUGCACCUGCCACAUUAUCAACAUCGCGAGAUAAUUUAAUUGAAAGGUUAGAUGUUGGACAUUACGAUCGAGAUAGGCAUAGACGAUUCAAUACGAGAUAUGACCGCAGUCACACAUCUGAACACGAUCAAACACGCGUUACACCGACUAAAGUUGAUCGUUUGAUUGAAAGACGAGAGGGUAGUCCACGACGUACAAUUGAAAUCGAUAGAAAUUAUAAUAGAAAUUAUGGACGUUUAUCUGAACAUUGGGACGAACAAGAGGAAGCAUCCUCGCAUUUAGAUUAUCGUGAUCAUCAUGUCCACGAAGAUGAUAGAAGAAAAACUGUUGAUGGAAGGAGGUAUGAUAGCCCAUUUGACGAGAGACGUGGAAUACGUGAAGAAAGAUCUCGGGAAUCUAGAUAUGUUGUUCAAAGUGGUGAUAGAACAUCCUUUGAUGAUCAUCGACAUCAUCAUCAUCAUCAUAGACAUCCACUCUAUCCAGGAGAAAAAAUUAGAAGUAAUACAUCAAUUCGCGAUGAGAAUGUUGCUAAUGAUGAUUGGGACAGUCAUCAUCGUGACGUAGAACAUAACAGAGAACGAGCUUAUGGACCUGUUGAUUGGGAAGAGAGGGAGUGGCGAGUGAGAACUUUAUGGGAUAGUAGAGACAGUCUUCCACGAUCAGAAGUGCAUGACGAUGACUGGAGCUCACGGUAUGAUAAUUCUGUAUCAGAUUGGAAAUCAAAUGAUGGUCGAAAAUGGGAUAACCAACCUGUACAUUUACGUGGUCAUUAUAGAAAUGAUCGAUCUAAAGAAAUAGAAUUAGGAGAAUCUACGUCACACAAUAAAAGAAGAACUUAUAAUAGCUCUGAAACCAGAGACGAAUGUUCGGUUCAUAGUUCUAAACAAGCAUCUUUAUAUGGCAGUAUGAAAGAAGAACCUAUCAAUAAGAAGUUAAUGGAACUUGCGGAAGGUAAACUAUCUACGACACGCGAGAAACCUGCGGACACUUUUCAAAAAAAAGUUUUACCAAAGGAAAAACCUGAAACUAAAGAGAUCGUUGCAUCAGAAUCGAAACGUACUUGUAUUGAUGAGUCUUUACAAACUCUUCAUACUGAAAGUGAUCUAAGUGAUAUUAGCGAUGAUCCAGAUGAUAUAUUAAACAUGGAUGAUGUAACGGACAUUGACGCAAAUAAAACUCGGGCAAGUAAGAAAUCUCCUGAUAGUACUCAACGGGAUGGCCAAUCAACCAUUCAAGAAACUGAUGUGUCAUCUCCAAAAGAAACUAUUGAAGACACAGUUUUUAAUACAAAGGGAAAAGAUAAUGCUGAACCAAUGUCGUUUAGAAAUAUGGAGGAUGAAAAUGUGGAAACUAUGGACUUUGAAGAAAUAUCCGAUGGUGAAUUAGAGGAAGAUAUAAAAACAAGCGGCAAAGGUUUAGGUGACGCUUUAGGAGUUGACUGGGAGAGUCUUGUUAAAGAGACGCAACCUCGAAGAACUACACCAUGUAAUCAAAGUUCAGAAAAUCGGUGGCAAUGUAAAGCAAUCUUGGCUAGAAUCGGUGUUUCAGCAAAAUACGCAGGAGAAGAUAUAAUAAAGAAAUUAACAAAGAAAUAUGGAACAGACGACCAUUCGGAAUUUUUUCUUCACGAUGUUGCACUUAUGCACACAGCACUUGCUCGAAAUCGCUUGUUACGUGACUUAAAUAACGAUAUGCUGCCUACGGUGGAUGAUUUUCUAUAUAGGAGUAGUAAUGUAAAUAUUGAUGAAGACGUAGAUUAUGAUUUGGAAGUUUUGAAGCCCUGUACAUCUUUAUAUGAAGAAGCAAAAUGUUUAUUACAACAAGUUGUAUGAGAAUGCUUCUGUAUAUAGUAAAUGACUUCCAAAAUUGCACUUUACCAUCGUAUUACACGAUUCAGUAUAGAGCAAAAGUGCAUCAAUUUGUUACUUGCUAGUCUGGUUCAGCUAUUUAGAUACUCGCUGUAGCCAACCUAGAUAUUAGUGGUGCAAUGUAAAAAGAAAUUAAAUUGAUACAUUUUUCUUAA